AUAAUAACCCCGACUAGUUUGACAGGUGUAAUUAUGCUAUUUUAAUUUUAAGAAAUGUCUGCGUGCAGUACGAUUCCAGACCUUAUAAGCAGCAGCGUAAACUUGGAUUUGGACAAAUCUGGCAAUUACCAUGACGACUCAACGUGUAAUUCUGCCUCGCAGACUAUGUUUCCAUUUGUUGGGGCAAAGAAGUCUGUCUUGCAAUCCUUCGCCCAUGAAUUGUCAUCAAUUUUGAGACUUAAUGAGACCAAAAAGAUACUGAUAUUCCUUUGCCUGAAUAUGUUUGGCACAGGCCUGCUGUUUGUUUGGUGUCAUGAUACAAACAGCAUGGCCCUUACAGCUUACACUUACCUGACACUGUUUGACAUCUUCAGUUUGCUGACCUGUCUGCUGAGUAUAUGGGUGAGACUUCAGAGGCCAAGCCCUGCUUAUUCAUUUGGGUAUGAAAGAUUUGAGGUCCUUGCCACCUUCGCCACCACUAUGCUGUGUCAGCUGGGGGCAUUGUUUGUCAUCAAAGAAAGCAUUGAGAGGGUGAUUCAGCAGCCUGAAAUACACACAGGUCGGCUCCUGAUCGGGGUGAUGUUUGCGUUCAUGCUGCACAUGUUCCUGACAUACAGCGUGGACAAUAAGGCCCUCAAUCAUGUGAUUGCAGCCUCCAGCUCCAGCUGGCUACAGGAACACACCACGGACAUCAGUGAGAGUCUUUGUCACUGGAUACCUGGUUUAAGCAAGCUUCUGUUGCCUCGGAUCAACCCACUUGCUCUCAUCGCAUUCUGUGGUGGAUUUACCCUUACCAUCUCACACGUCCUGAUUGACUCCAAGAGUUACUACACAUCUGAUACAGUGGCCGCUGUGUCAAUUGCCUUUAUGACAAUAGGAACAAUGUUUCCUAUGGCAGUGUAUACUGGAAAAAUACUUUUGCAGACCACCCCGGCCCACAUGUUGGGACAGCUGGACAAAGUGCUACGUGAGGCCUCAACACUGGAUGGGGUACUUGAGUUCAGAGAGGAGCAUUUCUGGACACUGUCCUUUGGAUCACUUGCUGGUUCAGUACAAGUACGUGUCAGACGUGAUGCAAAUGAACAGCUAGUGCUGGCCCACGUUUACAAUCGCCUAGCAAAUGUAGUUUCUACCCUGACCAUACAAAUAUUCAAGGAUGAUUGGACGCGUGCAUCCUCAUACAGCAUCAUGGGAGGUGGUUCUGUUUUCCCAUCAAAUUACACAUAUUCUGGACCUCCUAUAGUACCUGCUAGAGGACCUUCCCCAACACAGGAUUUAGGGUUUAUUUCCCCUACUGGGAGCCCCAGCAAACAGGUUCCACUGUCAGGUCAAGGUCAUGGUCACUCUCAUGGGGGUCAAGGUCAUGGUCACUCUCAUGGGGGUCAUGGCCAUAGUCAUGGAGGUCAUAAAUCUCACUGGUAAAUAUGUGUACAGUUUAAAUGUACAUAUUUGAAAUUACAAAAUGUAUGUGAUGUAUUACAUGAAAUUGUUUUACAAGUGGUUAAUAGUAGUCAUGUCAUUCGCAUUUGUCAUAAAAAAGUACUCUCUCAUCAAAUAUUUUCAUUCAAGUUGUUUUCAAGUUAUGCUGUUCAGUUUUUCUGCAUCAUCCCAUUAGUACUACCACUUAAUUUUGAUUUAGCACUUAUCAUUAACUUUUUCCCCAUUCAAGUUAUUUUACCUGGAGGCUGUCGUCGAGUUAGAAUUCAGACUUUAGACGAAAAAUAUUAUCUCAAGAAUGCGAUAAUUUUAUUAUUUAUCCCUGUAAUGAAACUCUUAAUGAUUGCAUGUAUGACUAUGUUAUAUAAAUGUGUUAAAUUCCUGCAAAACACAUGAACAUUGUUUGAAAAAAAGCUCUUACUUGAAUUCAUGGGAGUUUAUAAGCGUUGAACUCGGAAUGUUUUUGAUUUGUCACAAAUUAAUAUGGUCAAGUCAUGAUAGUAGCACAUUUAAAAAAGCUGUUUAUGCAAAAUUUAUUUUUCAAAUUCUUGUAAUUCAUUAGUUAAAGGUUGUGCAGAUUUUUUAAAUCAUUUAAUAGUUUAAAAACAUAUGUGAUAAAGAAUAAAUGAAAGAAAUAUAUAUUGUAAAUAAAAUGAAUCAGACCAGGCCACUGAUAAUAAGUUUGUAAUGCGGUUCUGAUUGUCAAGGCGAUCAGUUAUCUCUCCAUCUGAAUGAUAUUGGGGUCAUCGAAUUAAGAGAGCUAACUGUACAAUAAUCAUCUUGAAAGCGAUGAUUGUGUUUGUCACGGUACUUAAGACUUCGGCUAUUGCCCCUUUCGGAAAACAGCUCCGCCAAUGACGUUGAGGCAUUCAUAGUAAUUGGUAGAAAUGUGGUAGAGAUUAGAUUCCCUCUAUUUUUAAAAUCCUUCAAGUACACUUCUGCAAAGUAUGGUUAAAAUCCAACAAUAGGUUUAAGAAGUAUGUAUAUUGUCAACAACAACAGAUGUGGCUGGCAAGAUUAGAAAGCUUUUGAGCAAUUGUUUGCUUAACUGAACAUAAAACAUUAAAGCGGAACAUAUA